AUGGCCUCAGAGGCACACCACCAGAACGGUGUUUUGAUCGGUGAGACCGCCAGCAAACCCCCCUGGGCAUCCAUUGAUACUGAGCCUUGCCCAACCGCUUCGGAUACCGCAGAACCCACGGAUAAGCGUCCUCAAGACUCAUUCCAAGGUACGCGGGACAAGAGCCCUAUACUUCAGCCUGAAUCUCCGGAAGAAAGUACGCCAAAUGGACCAUCUCCUUCCCAAGAAGAGAAAUCAGAAUCGGAAUCAGAAUUAGAAGAGCAAAUACUCCUCUUCCAGUCCCAUGAACAUCAAGAACAGCAACAACAGCUCCUAAAUGAAAACUCUACAGAUAAUUCCAAUGUUGAGAAGGCACUCUCUAACCCGGAUCAAGGACCUGCUCCCAUGAACCGAGAUACCGAACCCGCCUCAGAUAAUGAUGCUGCCGAACUCUCAGAAGGUACGAAAUUCCACGAAGCAGAACAAGAAGAGAUCAAAUAUCCAGUCUCUGACAAACCAAAAGAUGGCACUGGUGAGCGUCCUGUUCGCCAGAAACUCAAGGAAACCUCCAUCGCUGGUGUGGCUCGCUCAGAUUCUCCACAGGACCACAUUAUGGCAUCACAGACAGCACCCGUAAGCCGAGCAGACAAUGUGAGUGAUACGAGCAGUUCGGACGGCCGCGGUAGACUACGGAGGAAACGAUCACUGGAAAUUGUUAAUCGGGAUGACGAGGAUGAUGGUGCGUCGGGGGAACGAGGUGUGGAUGAAGUUGGCCAUCGACGGAAACGGUCGAGGGAUUCGAAAGCGGAAGAUGAGAGCGAAAAGCGCGAAUCAUUAGAGAGGAAGUUGGCGGCGGCGGAGACACAAGACUUUGCAGAUACGAACGCUAAGAAUUCUCCUGCCAAUGAAGCUGGACUACGUACUCCAAGAGAAGACCUUAAAUCUGUUGGGCCAGACGCUGUCAAUAAAAUCCUCAGCCCAAAGAAGAAGCGCGGUCGAGAUCAAUUCGACACAGACCUUGUGAAGUCAGACAAUGUCGACGAAACGGCUGAGGAAGGGGCUACAUUGGCUAGCAAUGGAGAGCCAGUCGAUAAAUUCAAGGGCACCCCAAUCAAUCGCACAGUAAAGGGUGAACCAGAGAAGAAGAGACAUCGUGACGAUUCGCAAGAUAGGAGCUCUCAGGUUGAUUCUGAUUUAGUUCCCAAAAAGAUUACCCCACCAAACCCAUUCUCGAAUAUUUCAGCUGUGUCCCCAUUCGCGUCGAUCCAGCCAUCUGCCACCUCCGAACCGACACCAAAAGAUGAAUCUAAAUUGAAGAAACCACCCAUCACCUCCGCAUCCGCCUUUGCCUCAUCAGCACUAGCAGCCUUUGCCGGCUCAGAGAGGUCCCCAUUCGGCACCCUGGGAGCCUCUGCUACCUCAACUUCUCUCUUCAAACCUGCGUCCACAGUUGAACCUAUGGCAGGCAAAGGAACAGCUGCCCCCUCUUCAUCAUCAUUUGCAGCUUCCCCCUUCGCAGCUGCAGCCGGCGCCUCUCCAUUUAGUGUGUUUGGAGGCGGCGUAGCUGGUUUUGGUAAAAGUGCGUUUGCUAGUGGUUUUGAAGCCGCUGCGCCAAGGCCCGGCGGGGGAUUAACGAGUUUCGCAGCCCCUGCGGGUAGCUCCGGGACUUUGGGAAGUACUGCGAAACCAAAAAUUCUGGGAGCUGCUAGCUCUGACGAUGAGGAGGACGAGGAGGAAGGCGACGGGGGAGAUGAGGGCAAGCCUGCUUUUGAAGGCCUGGAGGAAGAGAAGGGGGAUGAGAGGUUCCAUGAACAGCAAACCGAAACUGGCGAAGAAGGAGAGGACACCAUCUUCUCAUGUCGCGGCAAGUUAUUCCAUUUUGACGGCAAAGAAUGGAAGGAACGCGGAGUUGGCCUCUUCAAAGUCAACGUCUGGGAGCCAGCUAGAAGAAGGUCUAGCGACAGUGAUUCAAAGGAACCUGGAGAAGACGAAGAAGAGGCAGAAGGUGAAGGCGAAGGGGAAAGAGCGGCUGCAGGUGAAAACCACACAACAGUAAAAAAGAAAACAGCCCGACUGCUCAUGCGCGCUGAUGGUGUGUGGCGCGUUAUUCUCAACAUUCCUGUUUUCAAGGGCAUGAAGGCAGGGGAUCCGACUGGCGCCCGGCCGUCGGGGAAGCAGGUGCAUUUUGCCGGGUUCGAGGAGGGAAAAUCUGUUCCUUUCUUGUUUAGGACCGGAAAUGACGAUGUAGCCAAAGAACUCUAUGUGACCAUACGAGAACUUCAAGAGAGCCUUUAG